AUGAACGGCGCAACGACAGUGUCCUCUCUAGAUGCUGUGGAUUACGACCCAAUUGAACACCUAAACACGAUAUUCUCACAUCCAUCAACCCUAAAAUCCAUAAGCAAUACCGCGGACGCGCUCCAAACCCACCAAGAUGACCUCUCAACCACCAUCUCCGAGCUGGUGGCCGCCCAAGCCUACAACGAAGACUCCAGCCUCCAGCGCAUGCAAUCCGCAAAAGCUGAGCUCGCCCAGCUCUUCCGCAAGAUCGAAUCCGUGCGUACGAGAGCGAUAGAGACGGAGCAGACAAUUACGUCUAUGACGGCGGAUAUAAAGCGAUUAGAUGGCACGAAACGGAACCUCACACUGUCUAUGACAGCUUUGAAGCGCCUGCAGAUGCUUACGACGGCUUACGAACAGUUGAGGGGUCUAGCCAAGACGAGGCAGUAUAGGGAAUGUGCGAGCUUGUUACAGGCUGUUUUGCAGCUCAUGAGGCAUUUCAAUAGCUAUCGGAGUAUAGACCAGAUUGCUACGUUGAGCCGGAAUGUAGCGGAGCUUCAGAGGGAGCUUCUAGAGCAGGUCUGUGAAGACUUCGAGAUGGCUUUUGCUAAAGGAGAGGUGGCUAGCAAGAAGGGGGUGCUGGGAGAGGCAUGUUUGGUGAUGGAUGCGCUGGGGGAUAAUGCUAGGUCGAGAUUGGUGACCUGGUAUGUCAACACACAGCUGAGGGAAUACCGACAGGUCUUCAGAGGGAACGAUGAAGCUGGGAGUCUGGAUAAUAUUGGCCGGCGGUACAGCUGGUUUCGACGAAUGCUGAAGACGUAUGACGAUGAGCAUGCUGGGAUAUUUCCCAUCCAGUGGAGAGUCAAUGAAGUGCUAGCAAAUGCAUUCUGUGAAGGCACGAGAGAUGAUUUCAAGGGUAUCUUGGAAAGGAGUAUGAGGAGGCCGGAUGGAGGGAAGAUUGAUGUCAACUUGCUGUUGAGCUGUUUACAGGAGACUAUGGACUUUGAACACAGUUUGGAAAAGAGAUUCGCCAAUGACCAAAGAGCAAGCAUUGACACCCUCAGCUCAAUUGACGACAAGCCACAGACCUUUGAGAGGUCAAUUUCCGAGGCAUUCGAGCCAUAUCUGAGUUUAUGGGUGGAAUCGCAAGACAAACAGCUUGCAACUAUGAUACCCAAAUAUCGGAAUCAACCUCUUCUACCACUAGACGAGGAGUUCUCACCUCAAGCAGUGAUUCCAUCCUCGAUCGAACUUUUUCACUUUUACAAGACGACUUUGGCACAAUGUGCCAAAUUAUCUACAGGAGAACGCCUACUGGACCUCUCAAAGACGUUGGCCAAAUACCUAGACGUAUACGCCCAACAAGUCCUGCUAUACUUUCUACAAACUCCAGGCGGGCCAAGUCUAGAGAAUGUCAUACUGGUGCUGAAUACAGCCGAUUACUGGCACACCAACACGCAACAACUGGAAGAUAACCUCAAAAAACGGAUCGACAACGAAUUCGCCUCAAAGGUAGACCUAUCCUCCCAAUCAGAUGCAUUCAUGGGCGUCGCAAGUGCAGCAGUCCUAGCACUAGUUCACAGAGUCGAGCUCGACUGUGACGCCUCAUGGCGCGAAAUGCGUAAUACAAACUGGGCGAAAAUGGAAAGCGUGGGAGACCAAAGCUCCUACGUUGCCGAGCUACUGCGGCACGUCAACGAGCAAGCCACAGAAAUACUGCCUAUGAUAAGUAAACAGCAAUACGCGCGAGCUUUCUGCGAUAAUGCGGUUGAAUAUCUGGCCAACAACUACAUCGCCAACAUCGUGCAAUGCCGGCCUGUAUCCGAAGUAGGCGCUGAACAGAUGCUCCUCGACAAAUACGUCUUAACAAAACACCUCUCCACGCUCCUCACCCUCUCCCCCCACCCCUCCAGCACCACCACCCUAACCGCCUUCACCAAACGUGUAACCAGCGCCAUGACGCGCCUGGACCCCCUCCUCAAAACCCUACAAGUCCGUCCCUCGCCCCCCGAAGGCCUAGUCCAAGCCUACCUAAUCCACAUCGCGGACCGCUCGGACACGAAUUUCCGCAAGAUCCUCGAGCUGAAAGGCGUGCGGAAGCAAGACCAGCCGGGCCUGGUUGAGAUGUUCGGUAUCCACCGCGACAGUGCGUCGAAAGUGCAGACGCUGGUGGCUCAAUCGCCGCUGCUGACGCCGUUGAUGAAUAAUUUUGGGGGCUUGGGGAGUGGACUGGGGAGUAGUGGGGAU